UUCUUAAGAUAACUUUAGAUUCAAUCAAAAGCUCACCAGAAAAAUCUUUAUAAUGGCAAUGGAAAUGAUCAAAAGGACAUCUUUUGCACAGGACUUUUUAACUCAAAAAUGGCUUCAAAAGUUUCUGCAGCCAUUUUUCAAGUUCUUGGCCUGUUCUUCAUCUGUUCUCCCCUUGCCAAUGCCAUUAACUUCAAUUACCCUGCAGUUUUCAACUUUGGGGACUCAAACUCCGAUACAGGAGGGCUUGUAGCGGGGCUUGGCGACCGCCUUGACCCUCCAAACGGACAGACUUACUUCCAGAAACCAUCCGGGAGGUUCUGUGAUGGCCGGUUGAUCAUCGACUUUCUUAUGGAUGCAAUGGAUCUCCCAUUCUUGAACCCCUACUUGGAUUCUAUUGGAAUCCCAAGUUUCAGAAAAGGCUGCAACUUUGCUGCUGCUGGCUCCACUAUACUCCCAGCAACACCAUCAUCUGUUAGCCCCUUCUCGUUCGGGAUUCAAGUUGCUCAGUUUCUCAGAUUCAAAGCUCGAGUUCUCGAAAUUCAAGCUAAGAAACAUGAUAAGUAUGUACCAGAUGAGGAUUUUUUCCAGAAAGGGCUUUACAUGUUUGAUAUAGGCCAGAAUGAUCUUGCUGGUGCUUUCUAUUCCAAGACCUUAGAUCAAAUUCUUGCUUCAAUUCCCACUAUUCUCUCAGAAUUCGAAAACGGGAUUAAGGAACUGUAUGAUCAAGGGGCAAGAAACUUUUGGAUCCACAACACAGGUCCUUUGGGUUGCUUAUCUCAGAAUAUUGCGAAAUUCGGGACUGAUCCUUCAAAGCUGGAUGGGUUGGGAUGUGUGAGCUCACAUAACCAGGCUGCAACACUCUUGAACCUGCAGCUUCAUACUCUCUGCAAGAAGCUGCAAGGCCAAUAUGCUGAUGCAAAUGUCACAUAUGUUGAUAUCUUCACCAUCAAGUCUGAUCUAAUCGCGAAUUUUUCUCGAUAUGGAUUUGAUCAGCCCCUAAUGGCUUGCUGUGGAGUUGGAGGCCCUCCACUGAACUACAAUAGCAGGGUAUCUUGUGGUCAGACUAAGGUUAUAAAUGGAACCACAUUCACAGCCAAAGGGUGCAAUGAUAGUACUGAAUAUAUAAACUGGGAUGGCAUUCAUUACACAGAGGCUGCAAAUCAGUAUGCUGCAAUGCAAAUUCUCACCGGGAAAUAUUCCGAUCCACCUUUUGCAGACAGGAUGCCUUUCUUGCUUAAACUCAAGUUCUAAUCAACUAUUGUUUUUAUUACUUGAAAUAACAAUAGCCUGCAAAAUGCCAUUCCUUAUGAUCAGCUUUGAAAGGAUGUAAAGUGUUCAGUCUAAUGAAAAGGAAAAAUGCCAAAGCAAAUAGGUGAACAUUUCAUUUGUUGUUCCAAAA